UCAACUGCCCAAGGGCAGGUAACUCUCAGUAUUGCUGCCGGGGAAAACAAAUCAGGUGUACGGUAACAUCAAUAAAAUCGAAGAUAUCUGCACGCUCUAUGAUACAACGAACAUAGCGAUGUCGGCCAAACAUGCCCAGGCUCUUCGGAAAAGAAAAGGUGGCAAGGAAAAGGAAGGUGGAACUAUUGGGAAGGAGGAGGAAUUUAAAAACCAAGGAGCUCAAAAUCAAGGAAACGCAGACUCGAAGCCAACACAUCUAGUCAAUGACAGCGAAGAGGCAGGUGGACAUGGCGAUGGCGACAAGAAGCCAGCGAGGAAGAGAUUCAACAGGGACGGACUGUUGACCCCCAGUGAUAUGUCGUCAGAUGAGGACGACGAGUACCCGCCCCGAGAACCAAGAACCUACUUUUUAUGCCUGUGUUUAUUCUCCCUAGCGUCGUUACUCACAAGGCUUUACAAUAUUGAGCUACCUCAACAUGUUUGCUGGGAUGAGACCCACUUUGGGAAAAUGGGAAGCUGGUAUAUCAACCGGACCUUCUUUUUUGAUGUGCAUCCGCCCUUAGGCAAGAUGCUUAUUGGCUUGGCUGGUGUAACAACAGGUUACGAUGGCAGUUUUCCCUUUGCCAAGCCUGGAGAUGAGUAUGGAGGCACCAACUAUGUGGGCAUGAGAGUGUUCUGUGCUACAUGUGGAGCUAUGCUGGUGCCUGUAUCCUUCAAGGUUGUGUGGGUGCUCACCCAUUCCAUUGUUGCUGCCAUAUUUGCUGCUUGUCUUAUCCUGUUCGAUGUGGGCACCAUAACACUGUCACGUCACAUCCUACUUGAUCCAAUUCUGCUUGUGUUCAUCAUAAUGGCGACCUAUUCAUCUGUGAAAUUCAAACUGUAUCAAAACAGGCCAUUCAGUUUUUCCUGGUGGGGCUGGUUGGCUGUGACGGGAGUAUUUCUGUCAUGUUCUAUAGGAGUAAAGUUUGUUGGUCUCUUUGUGAUCGUGCUGGUGGGCUUGACAACUGCCUAUGAUCUGUGGGAACUGUUGGGGAAUCAAGCUCUGUCUAUGGUGGAGGUUGUGAAGCAUCUGGCAGCGAGAGCCCUGUGUCUGAUUGUUCUCCCAGUUAUCGGCUACAUGAUAAUAUUCGCUGUCCACUUCAAUGUGCUCAGUCUAAGUGGCAAUGGGGACGGUUUCUACAGUUCUGCCUUCCAGUCCUCCUUGGUGGGAAACAAACUGUACAAUGUCAGCAUGCCAGAAAAUAUAGCAUAUGGUAGUUCUAUCACUCUGAAGCAGCGCCGUACUGGCGGGGCAUACCUACACUCCCACUGGCAUCUCUACCCCGAGGAACAUCCCCCUAAACAGCAGCAGGUGACAACAUAUAGUCACAAGGAUGAAAACAAUGUCUGGCGCUUCAAGCCAGCUGAUCGUGAAGCCAGUAUUUCCGAGCAGCCACAACUAGUCCGCAGUGGAGAUAUGAUUAGACUGGAGCAUGUGAUAACAAAGAGAAAUUUACACAGUCACAAGGAGCCAGCGCCGCUGUCUAAACGACACUUCCAGGUCUCAGGGUAUGGCCAGAACGGAACUGGAGACUCGAAUGAUGUCUGGGUUAUUGAAGUGGUGGGAUCGCCACGGGGCACCCCCAUACAGACGGUGCGCUCAAGGCUGAGGAUCAUCCAUUACUUUGUGAAGUGUGCACUAUACUCUCAUGACAAGAAGCUGCCCAAGUGGGGCUGGGAGCAGCUGGAAGCAAGCUGUAAUCCCAAUGCCAAGGACAGCAACGCUCUGUGGAGUGUUGAGGAGGUGCACGACUCCAGAUUGCCAAAUGUAAGCUUUGAAGUCUACUCUCCGUCAUUCGUUGAGAAGUUUCUUGAAAGUCAUGCAGUCAUGACACAGGGAAACAGUGGGCUCAAACCUAAAGAAGGGGAGAUAACUUCCAGACCCUGGCAGUGGCCUAUCAACUACAGGGGUCAGAUAUUUUCUGCCAAGGACCACCGUAUCUACCUCCUGGGCAACCCCGUCAUCUUCUGGGGCCUGUUGGUCAUCAAGGCCAUGUUCCUCGUGUUCUUUGUUAUACAUAGGAUAAAGUUAAAGCGUGGAAUCCAAGUACCAGAGCCUAUCAGAGUAUACAAUGACAAGAUGUUCAGGUCCUGCUGGUGGCUGCUCCUGGGCUGGGGGUUACACUAUGUGCCGUUCUGGUUCAUGGGUCGUGUGCUGUACUUCCACCACUACUUCCCCGCCUUCCUGUACAGCGCCAUGUUCGGAGGUGUGAUGCUGGACUAUCUGAUCACCCGGUUCUGUCUGAUACUGCCCGAAAACUGGGCAGUGAAAGUGUUCCCCUGGCUACUAGUGUUGGUCAUCCUUGUGCUGGCUGGCAGUUUCUACCUGUUCCACCCCUUGACGUUUGGCGCUGCAGGUCCAAUGGCCAUCGAAGAAGGAUCUGUGAUGAGUGGCCUUAAGUGGAUGGAUUCCUGGGACAUAUGAAACAUGGUUGUGUGAUGUAGGAGAUUAUCACUGAGACCCGAGUGAUGAGGUUGGCAGAUGAUGCGGUUAUCAACCAAACUAUUGCUGCAAUACUAUAUAAACCUGCCAGCAUUUUACAAAAGAAAUAUCGUUCAUCCAUUUUCAUCAUUAGCAUGGUCAAACUAAAUGAUAUUAUAUUUACUUGAUACUACCAAGUUAUUUUAAAUGUUUAGUGAAAGCCAUACUUGCAUUCAUGGUCACAAGAUAUUUAUUUUGUACUGUUUUACAAUUUCAAUGGUUUUGUUAUGUUUACUGACCAAAUGUACUGAUAUUUGGAGUGUUUCCGCCUAAAAAACUGAUACUAAUGUCAGUGAAUUCUCAAGCUACAGCUAGAUUUAGAUCAGUUAAGUUUGUUUUGUUUCCCAGAUUAUGAUUCUGACAGCACUGAAGAGCAGCUGUUUGUGAUCAGCAGUGUAGGAUUUGAAAUAUUCAGGGCAAAUGUAUACACUGUGCGUGGAAUACAUUCAUGCAAUUAUCAGGAACUAACAAUCAAAGGCAUAUGAGGUAAAACUGUUAGUUUUUCCAGAAAUAUUGUUUAACUUUUAAAUAAUUAGUCAAAAUGUGUUUUACAAAAUCAGUGUUCCUGUCUAAACAGUUAAUCGUUUUAUGUUGUUGUAUGACAUCGCAUGGUUAAACAAAAUACAGGCAGACAUGUUUCAGUUAAUUAUGGAAGCGUAGAUCUGUCAUACUACACCCAUUUCAUCACACAUUCUUAGACUGCAGAUGUAAGCUUCUGAUACAACUGUCAGCAGAUAUUCUUUCUAAAUUAAAUAUUUUAUCAUUAUCUGCUGACGGAUUCAAAGGCUUACAUGAAAUGAAUAGAACAGCUUUGGAUGUCAAAGUUAACGAAAGGUCACUGGUGAUUUUCUGUCCUUUUUAUUCAUGAAGAUUAGUGAUUAUGUUUAUAUGCUACCAGCUGCCUGUAGUAAUGAUUCCACCAUAUGUUACAGUUUUAGCCUCUAUGUUUUCUAAUGAGACCACAUCGGUCACAAGGAAUCUUGUGCAAUAAUAUGUUCUUUGCAGAUGUUUCAUCGUAGGCCUGAGUCCCAGUUCAUAGCACAACAUUCGUAAGCCUAUGAUAAACUACAGAGAUACAAUAGGUCGUAAUGAACGCUUUGUGGAUUGUGACCCUGGACCAUUUCCAUUAAUGAUUGUGUCCUAUUUUGUAAUAGAAACUUACAAUUGUUGCAGCAAAAUGAUCUCUUUGUGAAAUCGGCUCAGAACCCUAAUUAAGGAAUUCAUCUUAACGCUUCUUUUUUCCUAGGUCAGAGUCUAUGAGUAUGGUUUUAAAUAUUUUUGCACCAUGACAUUUGAAAUUCUAGGAGUUUCGGUCAUCUUUGUGCAACUACUAGUAUAAGUUUGUUGGACUAUGACAGAUACAAUCAUCUUAGCACUAUGAUUAUCAUAAAUGUAUUUCAAACUAUGGGAGUCACAAUCAUCUUCAUGCUACGAUUGUUUUGGGAAACAGGGUCAAUGCAUGUACACAAUGCAUUCUGGAAAGAUUCAGUUCAUCAAAGCAAUUUGUACCAUCAUGAUGUGUUAUGAUGUCAUUUGUACCAUGAUGUGUUAUGAUGUCAUUUGUACCAUGAUGUGUUAUGAUGUCACUUGUAUCAUGAUGUGUUAUGAUGUCAUUUGUCAUGCAAAACAAGACUUCUUCAUGAGCAAGUGUGUGUUUCUUAAAGUUUGCUGGAUGACUAACAGUUAUGUUUUAAAGGAAGAUCACACUGACAGUGUUAUUCAUUUAGAGUCAUUGAUUCAUUCUUAUUUAUCUUACCCAUGAUUAAAUAACUGUCAGUUUUGAUGCAUGUUUGAUACUACAGCCUGUAUCUGGUUUGGUGUUGUUUAACACAGCACUCAGCAAUAUUCCAGCUAUAUGGCAGUAGUCU